AGACUCUCUGCUUGGACAAGAAUCAAUAGCUCUUCUACAGACUUAAGCAAUCAGUACUGCAGUGCCCUCAGCACCUCCCUGUGCAGUAUGUUGUUAAACAGUUGUUCUUUUAAGCUCUUCCAGAACAGAGCACCCACUGACAUGGUUGUGUUACGCUGGAGGACUGGUAGGUAAAUGCACUCCGGCAGAAAGCAGGAAUCUCUUUCAAGGAUUUUUAUCUAGCAGUAUGUACGCUUGGGACUUUGGGAUUAUUUGCUUUGUAGGAGGUCCUUAAUGUGUAAGCCGAAUGCUUUGUUUAAUGUCUUACACUCAGUCCUGUGCAGCAAGGAGGGCACAGAUGGGAGUUCAGCUGAUUUGCUAUUGCGGCAUUCCUCGGCGCUGGUGGGAGAGGGAGAGAGAGACUGAUGACUCAUCAAGUCAGGUGGUUGUGCCUCUGCUGUGUGUCAGAAAUUUCUUUCCCCUCUGCAGCAGGCUUUCUCAUCCCUCUGUGUAGGGGCACUAGAAGGACAAUUAUUUUUGUGAGUGGUAGCGCUUAACUGCUGAAUUCUGGAUUUGCUUCAUUGGGCCUGUGGAUUUUUGUAACUCCCUGUUUCUGCAAAAUAAGUUGAACAGGCAAAAUGGACUUCUCCAAGCUGCCUAAAAUCCGAGAUGAGGACAGAGAGGCUUUUGUUGGCUAUGUCCAUGGAGUCUCUGGACCUGUGGUCACGGCGUGCAACAUGGCUGGUGCUGCUAUGUACGAGUUGGUACGAGUAGGCCACAGUGAACUGGUGGGGGAGAUUAUCCGACUGGAAGGUGAUUUGGCGACUGUUCAGGUGUAUGAAGAAACAUCUGGUGUCUCUGUAGGAGAUCCUGUACUCCGUACUGGCAAACCCUUGUCAGUGGAACUAGGGCCUGGCAUUAUGGGAGCUAUUUUUGAUGGUAUCCAGAGGCCUCUAUCUGACAUCAGCACUCUGACCAAAAGUAUCUAUAUCCCUAGAGGUGUCAACGUGUCAGCUUUGAGCCGAGAUGUCAAAUGGGACUUCAUGCCUUCCAAAACUCUUCGGGUUGGCAGCCACAUCACUGGUGGAGAUAUUUAUGGUGUGGUGAAUGAAAACUCCCUUAUCAAACACAAAAUCAUGCUGCCACCACGGAACAGGGGUACAGUUACAUACAUUGCUCCGCCAGGAAACUAUGACACUUCAGAUGUUGUCUUAGAGCUGGAGUUUGAAGGUGUGAAGGAGAAGUUCACUAUGGUCCAGGUCUGGCCUGUACGUCAAGUCCGUCCAGUUACUGAGAAGUUACCAGCCAAUCAUCCUUUAUUAACUGGCCAACGGGUCUUGGAUGCCCUCUUCCCGUGUGUACAAGGAGGUACAACAGCAAUUCCUGGGGCAUUUGGUUGUGGGAAGACUGUGAUUUCACAGUCUCUCUCAAAAUACUCCAACAGUGAUGUCAUCAUUUACGUAGGCUGUGGAGAAAGAGGAAAUGAAAUGUCUGAAGUACUGAGAGAUUUCCCUGAGUUAACCAUGGAAGUUGAUGGCAAGGUAGAAAGCAUCAUGAAGAGAACAGCUCUUGUAGCAAAUACCUCCAACAUGCCUGUGGCUGCCAGAGAAGCCUCUAUCUAUACUGGCAUCACCCUGUCUGAGUAUUUCCGGGACAUGGGCUACCAUGUCAGUAUGAUGGCAGACUCUACUUCCCGAUGGGCUGAGGCCCUCAGAGAGAUUUCAGGGCGACUGGCUGAAAUGCCAGCUGACAGUGGUUAUCCAGCCUACCUUGGUGCCCGUCUAGCCUCUUUCUAUGAGCGAGCUGGCAGAGUGAAGUGUCUGGGAAAUCCUGAAAGGGAAGGCAGCGUCAGCAUUGUUGGAGCUGUCUCUCCCCCGGGUGGUGACUUCUCUGAUCCUGUCACAUCUGCAACACUGGGCAUUGUUCAGGUUUUCUGGGGCCUGGAUAAGAAACUGGCACAACGCAAGCACUUCCCCUCUGUUAACUGGCUGAUCAGUUACAGCAAAUACACUCGUGCUCUGGAUGAAUACUAUGACAAGCAUUUUACAGAGUUUGUUCCUCUCAGGACAAAGGCCAAAGAAAUCCUACAGGAGGAAGAGGACCUUGCAGAGAUUGUGCAGCUUGUGGGGAAGGCUUCCUUGGCAGAAACAGAUAAAAUUACCUUGGAGGUUGCCAAGCUGAUAAAAGACGACUUCUUGCAGCAGAAUGGUUACACACCUUAUGACAGGUUCUGCCCUUUCUAUAAAACAGUGGGAAUGCUUUCCAAUAUGAUUGCAUUUUAUGACAUGGCACGCCGUGCUGUAGAAACCACAGCCCAGAGUGACAAUAAGAUCACGUGGUCCAUCAUCCGAGAGAACAUGAGUGAAAUCCUCUACAGACUUACCUCCAUGAAGUUCAAGGACCCUGUCAAAGAUGGUGAAACAAAAAUCAAGGCGGACUAUGCUCAGCUGUUUGAGGAUAUGCAGAAUGCAUUUCGCAGUCUGGAAGACUAGACUCAACCUCUGUGACCACUCCAGUUUGUCCUCUCGGUUCCUCAUCUCAACUCCUCUGCUUCCCUACCUUACAAGAAUGAUGCAACAGUACUUGAGUUGAUACCUAGCCCUGUGUUUCCCCUGUUCAUACUCAAGAGAGUGUCCUUACAAAACAUUCCUCUUAGUUUGUGUUCGGCAUUGCUUGGUGUGUCUGAAAUGGUGAGUGAUGAGUGAAUGGGCCUGGCUGAGUGAGGAAAUGCUGUUGUACACUUCUAGGGUGGGAAAAACUUCACCUUGCCUCUCCCAGCUCGCUUGGUAACCCAUCUUUCACCUUGGGAUGUAACCAAAUGAGCUGUACGGGCAGGGGAGGUGUAGAUCUUAAUGCAGUCACAUGGUACGUUCUGAGCUGGCAGUGGUAAGGGCAUUUACAUCUGGCACUUUGCUACGUACUAUUAUGAUGCAGAACUCCCUAUUCUGAAGCAGAAUUUUUGACCAUAUCCUGAUGACAUGUUGAUACAACCAAAAAUUUUUCACUACUGUUCCUUUUGCAGCCUUCAGCUGGGUCAGUUGGUAUUGCAAUGUGGUAGUCCUGGAUCUCUCCAAGGGACUAACUAGAAGAUAAGCAUGUACAAGCAACCAGUAUGAUUUUGUACACUGGAAAAAAGAGUUUUAUUUUCCUGCUUAAUACAGAUAGGACUGUUGGACUUGGCAUCAGCUAAAAUCAAAGCCAUAGAUGCUCAGCUUCCAGCAAAAGUGUACCUUCUUGCCUCCCACUCACCCCUUAAAAUGUCAUGAUGCUCAGCUGUUUCAGUGUGUGAAGCCUGUGACUGCUGCCAUGUUCUGCAGGACAUGCACAGCAUGUGAUGCCAUGUGUGUGGACCAGGAGCACAGUCCUUGCUCAGUGGGGCUGUCUGCCAGUGCAGUGGCCAUGCCAAGGAAAGGAAGGCAGGCAUGUGCUUAACCUUCCUUGUCCACCUGUGCUCACGUGGCCUGUUUGGUGGUGGCACAGAAGGUCCCCAGUUCUCAUGUAAGAGGAAUGUAUGAUGCUACACUUCUUGGGGCAGGGGAUGAACAGAGGGAAGGCUGAGGAGUACAAAGUGUAUUUACUCCUGUCUUGUUGAUUACAAUGCAAGAGAAACCAGUGACUGGUCAUCUUCUCUGUGCUCUGGAAGCACUCUGUCAAGCAGCUGAAACUGCUGUGUCUUAGGCUUGCUUGUUGGCAAAAUGUGUAUGAGGUGAGGAGUGAGCAGAGCGCAGCCUUUCUGUCAUACUCCAAGAGCCCAGCUCUCACACCAUUGCUGCGGAGUGAGAGAGAGAAAAAUGCUGGCAUCUUCUCCACUCUCUCCCACUCACUUGUGUCAGGUGGCAUCCAGUGCUGCUUUGUUACAGUCAUGGUUUCAUGACAAGUCACCACUGGUUGUGGUGGUGUGGCCAAGUGUUAACUCUGCACCCACCUCUUUCCACCAGCUGCCGGCUUUGAACAGUAGCAAUGCAAAGUCUCGCACUAUGGACCAAAUGCUGCCACUUCAACUAUGAUACCAACUCGUAGUUUGUCAGGGACAGCCCAGCUGAAACUUAAAGGGAUUAACUAUUUUUGGUUCUCCCAAAAGGAGCUACUCCUCCACCUGAUACUCUGGUAGUGAAUGGUUAAGUUUACAGCUCACUAAACUUUCAGUGUAUGCUGCUUAUUUUACCAAUGAGCAUGUGUGAAUGAGUAGUCACCAUUCAAGCCCCUGCUGGAUUCCUCAUUGUUUGUACCCUUCACCACUGUACUAUGUAGCAUUUCAUGCUAGAAAACAGAUGUUCUUAUCUCUUUACAUAGAGGAUGUUAUAAACUUUACAGAAGAUGUCUAAGGUAAUGCAGUUCUAAUAUUUAUUGUGCUGUACCUGGCCCUGAAGUGUGACCAGUUCAAACAGUUUCCUAUAUAUUUUUGUCAUUUUUUGUUUUGUGUCUGUUUUCAGUGUUGAGAUUCUGAUGUUCACUGUGUCCUGCAAGUCUUUCCUCCACAGCUGUGGGAAGGAUGAAAAGAGGGGCAGAACCCCACCACCUACUUUAUCUUGUAUAUUUCAUAAUGUAUGUUGCUGGAAAUUGUGUAAAAAAGAAAAAUAAAAAAAAGUUGGAGUCAAUGAAAAUAAAAUGGCUUUAAAGUA